AGCAACUUUCGGGACACCAGGCUCGACAUUUGCCAGGUAGUCCCAAUUCCGAUUUACCACGUGUAUCAGCUUUGCAUUAUUUUGAAAAUUGUGUUCACAUUUUUCUUUGACGCGACGCUUGCACGAUAUAAAAGCGGCCAGAGAUUUUGGUAGCUGUCUACAUUUACAUUAUUGUGGCAGCUUUUAUUUUCUUAUAUAUGAUCAACAUGUAUACCACAUGACAUGAACUUCAUUCUAUGACAAGUACAUAAUAUCAUUAAUAUUUAUGGAAAUUAUCUUUGUCACAUUUUAUGACAUAAAAUAUGAAAAAUUUUAUUACUAAAUGCAAUAACAAUUUAACAAGUAUUUAAUGUAAUUUUUGACAUCACAUUUAUGCUUUAUAAAUACUUUUAAAUAGUGUAUGAACACACAUUGUCUAUGCAUUAAAGACAAUAGUAUUUACAUAAUAAAGGGCCAUAUAGAGAAAAUGAAUAGCAGGCUUGAAGAACAAGAAUCAAAAUGGACAUGUGAAUAUUGUACAUAUGAGAAUUGGCCUUCAUCAUUGAAAUGCACUAUGUGCAGAGGUGCCAAACCUUUAUUAGGGGAGGAUAUUUAUCGCCUACGAGAUCCAAGUCCACAAAGGUCUGGAUCAAAUGUUGCAUCUGGUCCAGUAACUCAUUUAAGCCCAACAGAUUCUUUCAAUCUUAGUUCUCAAAAUGUUCCAUUGGGAAAAUGGUCAUGUGCAAUGUGUACCUAUCUUAAUUAUCAAAAUACCACACGUUGUGUUCAGUGUGGAAAUAGAAAACCUACGGGUCUUAAUCAAUCAAUACACUCUAUAGCCUCAAAUUUGCAUGAACACCUAGCACCUCUUAGGCUAGGAGAUCCUCCACCAAACUCAGGAUCAAAUCCUCCUCCAAUAAACUUACAUCCAGAAAGAUAUUAUAAUUUACAAGCUAAUUUACAUCCUGAGAAGUGGUCUUGUCUUGUGUGUACUUAUGAAAAUUGGCCAAAAGCCACAAAAUGUGUGAUGUGUGGUAAUCCUAAAGAAAAAGAUAGAAGAGAUAGAACAACUAAUAACAUGGGUGUUAUUUUACCAAGCCCAGAAAGAGAUCAUAGCCAACGAAACUUACCUUCUCCACCUCAUGCACCAUAUAUUCAUCAAACCCAAAGAGAUGAAAAUUUGGCAGUAGGACGAAGGAAUUCACAUAGAUAUCCUGAUAGCAGAAAUGAUAAUAUAUCAACUCCUCAAUCCCCUAAUAAUUGUGACUAUGAGCGUAGACUAAAACAAUUAAGGCGUCACACUGAUUGGUGCUGGUUAAAUGCGUGUCUUGGAAUUGUGGAAGGUGAUAAUGCUCCUGUUGAGGCUUAUUUGGCAAGUGGUGGUGAUCCUGCUCGUCAAUUGACGCAUUCAGAAGUUCUACUUCUAAAUAGAAGUAGUGCUUUUGAUGUUGGACAUACCUUAGUACAUUUAGCUAUUAGAUUUCAAAGAGAAGAUAUAUUAGCAACAUUAUUAUCACAAAUUGAAGGUUCUGGAUCUGGAGUAAAAAGAGUACCAAGUUAUGUUGCACCAGAUUUGGCUGCUCAAAUACGCAGACAUGUCACUACUAGUAUCCGGCUACGCAAGGGUUCUUUCCCAUGUUAUUUCGUCACUGAUAUAGCUACAUUUGCUUUGCCUGCUGAGGUUGAAGAUUUACCAAGUAUAGUGCAAGAACAAAUGUUGGAAGAAUUAUUAGAUAAAGAAGCUCAACAACAAUUAGAAGGUGGUGGAGGAGAACCACCAGCAUUAAAUUGGUCUUUAGAAAUUACUGAACGUUUAGGAAGUCGCUUACAUGCACUUUGGAAUAGAUCUGCUGGAGAUUGUUUAUUAGAUUCUGCAAUGCAAGCUACUUGGGGUGUUUUCGAUCGAGAUAAUGCUUUAAGAAGAGCUCUUGCUGAUUCUUUACAACAAGCUGGUCAAUUUUUUUAUCCUCGAUGGAGAGAAUAUGAAGCCUCUCAAGCAUCUAGAAUGUUGGAUUUUACGUUAGAAGAAACUCAGUGGCAAGAAGAUUGGGAAAGUUUAUUAGCAACUGCUGCUCAACCAGGAAGUGCUUUAGAACAAUUACAUGUAUUUGCACUUGCCCAUAUUUUGAGACGACCUAUUAUCGUUUAUGGAGUUAAAUAUGUUAAAAGUUUUAGGGGUGAAGACAUAGGUUAUGCAAGAUUUGAAGGUGUUUAUCUUCCACUUUUAUGGGAGCCUUCAUUUUGUAUUCGAUCACCUAUUGCUUUGGGUUAUACACGUGGUCAUUUCACGGCUUUAGUUCCAAUCGAACCAUAUACAUCAACUAGAAUACCACCUCUUUCGUCUCACGGUGGUGUAGGCUUGGGUGGUGGUAAUGGUCCACUGCAACAGCUACAAAUUCAAAUGCAAACUACAUUCAUGCCAUUAAUGGAUCGAGAACAUAAACUUUUACCAAUACAUUUUCUAAGUCCGGAAGAAGUUGGUCGAGAAGAAUCUAUUUUAAAGGAAUGGCUUGAUGUAUGU